AUGGCUUGUAAACCAUUAAGACUGUCCAGCGUCUACAAUCUCAUUGGCCGCAGAUCGCGGAAGGAUAAUCCUGCGAUGCUGGAAGCCUCCACACACCUUUGCAAAUCCAUUGCAGUUACCUAUAAGCGACAUCAUGUCCUCCCAACCCGCUUUACACCAUGGCUGAAGCGGUUCAAGUUGCUGCUCAGAUUGAGGAAGAAGCUAAAAGAAGACUUCUAUGAGAUUUACAACACUUCCUAUGGUAAGAAUGAACGGCCACCUAUUGACUUUAGUAAGGAACAUUCUGAUGAUAAUUCUAAAAGAAUUUCCCAUUCUGAAGUAGUGGUUCCAAAUUCCAAGGGGAAAAAAGAUGGUAUUUGUUGCAAAUUUAGAGGUGUUGGCCACUAUUCUUCUGAAUGCCCUAAUAAGAUGCUUUCACUUACUAAUAAGGGGCAAGCCUUAGAAGCUGUAAACGAUAAAGAAUUUAAAGAAGUUGUUUGUGAAGCCGAGAUGGAUAUGGAUGAGCAUCCAAUGUUGGAAAUUGGAUCCCAUUGUUUAGUUCUUCAACCUAUGCUUUUGACUCACGAGGUUGUUGAAGAAGUUGAUGAUUGGAGACAUACUCUAUGUUCAACACUAGAGUUAAAUGCAAUGGGCAACAUACAACAAUCAAAUAUGUUUUUGUCAACCCAGACAUCGGACUUAUUAGAGAAUGAUCAACCCCGAGCUCAGUUUGAUAGGGUUUGUGAAGUAGUUAUGAAUUAUUCAGAUAUAUCAGGUUCAAGAACACAGACAAACUUUAAGCUUCCCUCUAGAUGGCUACAAGAGCCACAAAAUCCUACAGACAAUGGUUUGAUAGCUUGUAAAAUUCCACAAUCAUAA